CUGUAAUGCAAAUAUCUUUCGGUAGAUUUAAAAAUGGCAACCCGUUCGUUUACAUUAUGUUUUUAUAAACUUCUAACAUAACGAUAAGACGUUAUAUGUUUGUUAAUUUGAUGAAUACGUGAAAAAAGCAUCAUUAUAUUUUCUUAUUGGUAGUAUAAUUAAUGUAUGAUUUAAAUUUUAUAUAAAGUAUUUUGUUCUCUAAGUUUCAGUUAAUAUAGAACGUAUAUAUGAUGACUUCAAGUAAAAGUACAAAAGAAGCACUUUUGUCAAUAAUUGAUGAUAUUGAAUUAAUAGCAAAGGAAAUGAUAGAGAACAUAAUAGCUCAGAAACCCUUGAAAUUAUCCACUACAGAACACACACAGUUGACAGAGUUAUUAAUAGCAAAAGAUAAUGAAUUGAAAGCGACUUUGAAGCGUGCUGCAGAGCAAGCAAAAAUAAAUUUAAAAAUGGAAGCUUUAAAGGCAGAAGUUGAAAGGCAAGACCAGGACAUUCAACAAUUACAACGUCAAUUAAAGGAAGCUGAACAAAUAUUAGCUACUGCUAUAUACCAGGCAAAACAAAAAUUACAAUCUAUCGCACGUGCUAAUAAACGUCCUGUACCUUCUGAAGAACUCAUUAAGUUUGCUCAUAGAAUAAGUGCUUCAAAUGCAAUCUGUGCACCAUUAACAUGGCAACAAGGAGAUCCUCGAAGGCCUUAUCCUACAGAUAUCGAAAUGAGAUUAGGAUGUUUAGGUAGACUAAGUGAUCUUCCUUUAAAUGUACCGAUGUUAGGCUCUCAUCCAGGAAUUCCUUCAGAUUUACAUAGAACAGGUCAUCCUGCGGGUGAGCCUCCAGUGUCACAAGCAAAUCAAUUUGCAUGGCAUCCAUCAGGAGAAAUUCAUAUGUCUGUGGGUGGACAAGGGAGUGUAGCUAUGAAUACUCACAAACAAGAAACGGAAGAUGUUGAAGUUAUGUCAACAGAUUCGUCCAGUAGCUCAUCUAGUGAUUCACAAUAGACUGAUGUAAUUAUUAAAAUAUAAUUUACUUUUACAUCAUCCUGAAAAUAGAGGUUUGAUGCAUAGGUUAUAAAUAAUUAACGAACUUGUAUAAAAUAUUUGUUAUAUGAAAUCUAUAUUACAUUUUUAU